AUGCUCACAAAAGUCCUCACCGCGUUCCUGCUCCCUCUCCUAGUCGUCGCCUACACUGAUCCUCUCCUCAACAACAAGACUACACCGGCCUUGAACAUCACAGCGAUCAGUGCUGCGCAUGGCUCGUCAGUCCUUGAAUGUUGGCAGCUUGAACAGUUCUCAGUCAGUAAUACUCCAGGAACUGUGGGAGCAUUGGCUGUGAACUUGGGAAAUGCCAGCAACGCAACCUACUCGAUCAUACAAGGAAGAACGGAUGCUGGCCUACACAACGCCCCUGUGCCUCAACUCGUCUACUUCGCCACAGGCCUAAUCCGCCUUUCCAUCCCCAACACCACCCAGGAGGCUUGGGUCACGGGUGGCAAGUACGGAUUGAUAUUCGCCCAGGACACGCCGGACAAGAGUCAAUAUGGCCAUCUCACGGAGUAUGUUGCGGACGAAGAUACUAUUGCGCUCACGGUUCCUUUGGCGCCGGGCCAGGAGCUGAAGCACAAGGUUCUGCAUUCUGGGGGGUGUACGUGGAGGGAAGUGGCUGGGUUGUGA